AUGGCCAGCCUCCUACGUGUUGUGGUGACCAACUGCUCAGCGCCCGUGUUCAGCGGUGUCUCCUGCCUAAAACUGCAGAGCAGCCAAUCGAUCAAAUCUCCAUGCAUCCGCUUUUUUAGGACCCAUCCGUCUCUGGGACGUUGUGCCAGUCCAGGAGUUCCCUACAAACAACUGACAGUUGGCGUUCCAAAAGAAAUAUUCCAAAAUGAACGCCGUGUGGCUCUGAGCCCUGCUGGCGUCCAGGCCCUCAUCAAGCAAGGGUUCAAUGUUGUUGUGGAGUCUGGAGCUGGAGAGCCCUCCAAGUUCUCUGAUGAACAUUACACCCAGGCUGGAGCUUCCAUCAAAGAUGUCAAGGAUGUCCUGGCAUCUGAUGUGUUGGUCAAGGUCCGUGCCCCCACCUUUAACCCUGCCUUGAGCCUCCAUGAGACAGAGCUGAUGAAGGAUGCAGCCACUUUAAUCAGCUUCGUCUACCCAGCUCAAAACCCUGAGCUCAUGGAUAUGCUCUCCCAGAAGAAAGCCACCGUCCUGGCUAUGGACCAAGUCCCCAGAGUAACCAUCGCCCAGGGUUAUGAUGCCCUGAGCUCCAUGGCCAACAUUGCAGGGUACAAGGCAGUUGUGUUGGCAGCUAACAACUUUGGGCGCUUUUUCACUGGACAGAUCACAGCUGCUGGGAAAGUGCCUCCUGCAAAGGUGCUGAUCAUUGGAGGUGGUGUGGCUGGGUUGGCAGCUGCUGGUUCAGCCAGAGCCAUGGGAGCCAUCGUCAGAGGGUUUGACACCAGAGCUGCAGCUUUGGAGCAGUUUAAAUCUCUGGGUGCAGAGCCCCUGGAGGUGGACUUCAAGGAGUCAGGGGAGGGUCAGGGGGGCUACGCCAAGGAAAUGUCCAAAGAGUUCAUUGAGGCUGAGAUGAAGCUGUUUGGCAAACAGUGCCAGGACGUGGACAUCGUCAUCAGUACGGCUCUCAUCCCUGGUAGGAAGGCACCCAUCCUCAUCACCAAACAAAUGGUUGAGAGCAUGAAAGACGGCUCAGUGGUGGUGGACCUGGCUGCUGAGGCCGGAGGAAACAUCGAGACCACCGUACCUGGAGAACUGACGGUCUACAAGGGAGUGACCCACAUUGGCUACACCGACCUGCCCAGCCGUUUGCCAACGCAGUCCAGCACCCUGUACUCCAACAACAUCACCAAGCUGCUGAGGGCCGUCAGUCCAGACAAGGAGAACUUUUUCCUCGACGUCAAGGACGUUUUUGACUACGGAACCAUGGAUCACGUUGUCAGAGGAUCUGUUGUCAUGCAGAAUGGAAAGAACCUGUUCCCGGCGCCUCAGCCUAACAACGUGCCUGUCGCUGCUCCUCCUAAACCUAAGAGUGUUCAGGAACUGGAGGCAGAGAAGGCCGCACAGAUCUCCCCCUUCAGGGCCACCUUCACCACUGCUGGAGCGUACACUGGAGGUAUUGGCACCCUGCUUGGUUUGGGGAUAGCUGCUCCAAACGCUGCCUUCACUCAGAUCGUCACCACCUUUGGUCUGGCUGGUAUCGUGGGCUACCACACCGUCUGGGGGGUGACUCCUGCUCUGCACUCUCCACUGAUGUCCGUCACCAACGCCAUCUCAGGUCUGACGGCUGUGGGUGGUCUGUCCCUGAUGGGAGGCGGCUACACCCCGAACACGACUGCUGAGACCCUGGCCGUCCUCGCCGCCUUUAUCUCCUCGGUCAACAUUGCCGGUGGCUUCCUGGUGACUCAGAAGAUGUUGGACAUGUUUAAGCGUCCCACUGAUCCUCCAGAGCACAACUACCUCUACCUGCUUCCUGGAGGCGUCUUCGUUGGAGGCUACGCUGCUGCUCUGAGUGCUGGUUAUAACAUUGAACAGAUGAUGUACUUGGGCUCAGGUCUGUGCUGCGUCGGUGCCCUGGCUGGUCUAUCUAACCAGAGCACGGCCCGUCUGGGUAACGCUCUGGGCAUGAUGGGAGUCGCUGGAGGGAUCGCUGCCACCCUUGGCUUCCUCAAACCCAAUCCUGAGCUUCUGGCACAAAUGAGCGCAGCCAUGGCUGUAGGUGGCACCGCUGGCCUGGCCAUUGCUAAGAGGAUCCAGAUCACAGACCUGCCGCAGCUGGUGGCUGCCUUCCACAGCCUGGUGGGUCUGGCUGCCGUGCUCACCUGCGUGGCCGAAUACAUGAUCGAGUACCCGCACUUCGCCACUGACCCCGCGGCGAAUCUCACCAAGAUUGUGGCUUACAUUGGCACCUACAUUGGAGGAAUCACUUUCAGCGGCUCUUUGGUGGCAUACGGCAAACUGCAAGGCAUGCUGAACAGCUCGCCCUUGAUGCUGCCUGGUCGUCACGCCCUGAACGCCUCUCUGAUGGCAGCUUGUGUCGGUGGCAUGGUUCCCUACAUGCUGGAUCCCAGCUACACCACAGGCAUCACCUGUCUGGGCUCCGUCUCUGCGCUCUCAGCUGUCAUGGGUGUGACCUUGACUGCUGCUAUUGGAGGCGCCGACAUGCCGGUGGUCAUCACUGUGCUCAACAGUUACUCAGGCUGGGCCCUGUGUGCUGAGGGCUUCCUGCUCAACAACAACCUGCUGACUAUUGUUGGAGCGCUCAUCGGGUCGUCUGGAGCCAUUCUGUCAUACAUCAUGUGUGUGGCCAUGAAUCGUUCACUGGCUAACGUCAUCCUGGGGGGCUACGGUACGUCUUCCACUGGCACAGGAAAGCCCAUGGAGAUCACAGGCACACACACCGAGGUUAACGUGGAUCAGACUGUCGACAUGAUUAAAGAGGCCCAAAGCAUAAUCAUCACUCCAGGUUAUGGACUCUGUGCUGCCAAGGCCCAGUAUCCUAUCGCCGAGUUGGUGAAAACGCUCAAAGAUGCCGGAAGGAGUGUCAGGUUUGGUAUCCACCCAGUGGCUGGUCGUAUGCCUGGUCAGCUCAACGUGCUGUUAGCUGAAGCUGGCGUCCCGUACGAUAUUGUCCUGGAAAUGGAAGAGAUCAAUGAGGACUUCCCAGAGACCGACCUGGUCCUGGUCAUCGGCGCUAACGAUACGGUCAACUCAGCCUCUCAGGAAGAUCCCAACUCCAUCAUUGCUGGAAUGCCGGUGCUGGAGGUGUGGAAGGCCAAGCAGGUGGUUGUGAUGAAACGCUCCCUGGGUGUGGGCUACGCAGCCGUCGACAACCCCAUCUUCUACAAACCCAACACGGCCAUGUUGCUGGGCGACGCCAAGAAGACGUGUGAUGCUCUGCAGGCCAAGGUCCGCGAGGCCCAGAACCAAUAAGACGGCUCUGCGCUCAGCGAGAGGCGUCUACAUCGGGAGUAGCACAUGGAGUGCAGGGUGAAGCCGCUCGGUCAAAAUGAGGCAAAAUUUAAAUUAUUUCCAGCUCUCAGAUCUUCUGACUCCAGAAGGUCAGCAGAGAAGGAAUGAAAUAAAACAAUAACACAACUUUCCUAUCAUCUGUAAAUAAGCAGAGUUCACUGUAAAAAAAACAAAAAAAAGUAAAGGCAUGUACAGUAGAAAUCCAGCCGUACAGAUACAGAUGCUGUAGAUUUUUGUUAGUGCUCCCUGUCAUCAACACACUCAAGUAUGAUUUUAUUCUCCUGUAUUUCAGGAAAGCUCCAUCAGUGUGCAUGUGUUCACUCCUGAACAGCUGUCAGCCGAGUGUUGAUGUUAAACAAUCAGAAACGUAGACACAGUUAGAGCUCAGAGAUGCUAACGCUAACCGCAGAGAUACUUUUAUAGGAAUUAGUGAUUACAGUAAAAUAGUAGGUAAAUGAAGUGGAGUGCUUGUGUUUUUUAAUUAUUUACUUUAAUUUUGAAAUGCCGAGGUGUUUUCUCCUCUCCCUGCACAAGUAACAGGAAAGAAAAGGUUAAAAAAAAACGCAAUGUGGUGUAAACUAUUUCAGUCCUAGUUCAAUGCUGUGUUUUCUAUCCAGGCUAAUUUUUGAUUGAGUGAAUUAACUGUCCCAUGGUUCAAACAGAGAAUGUGAUCAAACAUGAAAAUGCACAGUAAAACUUUGGAAUUAGGGUUAGAUUUUGUUUUUUUAACUCUUGCUGCCUUUUCAUCUGCUUUAAGCUCAAAUCCCCUGUCUGACCCCUGUCUGACUCUCACUUAAUGCAUUAAAUUAAAUCAAGUUUCUUCUGUUUAUCUCGACCACAGACGUGAUAGUUUUCUUAAUGAAUGUGGCUGAUCUACUCCAGUCUGUUUGUUUUCCAUAUUUCGUGUCUUUGAAUGGACAUGAAGGGUAGCUGUGUGUAAAGAGUCUGAUGUCGACUUUGGUGUGAGCUCUAAAAAAAAAAGAAAAUUUAAUGCACCUGUUUGUUUCCCACAUUUCAAAAAAAUGACCAGAAAAUUCUCCGUGAUGAAUUUCUUCAAAAAAUAGUUUAGUAUUGCCAUUUGUCUCUCAAACAAUAGACUUGUGCCUAUUCCAAUGGAAAUGUAUGAGAUGGCACAAACAUUUGGAGAAUACAACAUUCCAUCACGGCUACACAUAAACACAGAUCUGGGUAGUUUUGAUUUACUGGUAGACGAAGAGUCCAACAGUUUCCUCCAUCUUGACUGUACUGUAAGAAGUUAAUCCUGGGACCUGGUUCAGUGACCAUGACAACUCUCCUACCUCUCCAUGAAAAUGACCAAUAAGGUUCCACAGAUCAGACCAAACCCAACUAGAAACGGCAACAGUUGAAAGGAGCAGAUGUUUUUCCACUGUCUCUCUCACACACACACCUGCUGCUGUACUUCUGACCAACACUCUGCUUGUUUUGUGUCACAUGGCUAACCAUUGGACCUCAGUUUGCUGUCGCCGAGUUCACCGUUCAUGACAUGUAACUGUAAAGUUGGGCAACUUCAGUGUCUAGUUUUGAAGAAUACGAAAAUUGAAGAAAUAAAUAAAAUGAAAAGAUCUUUGUAGUUUAUCCAAUUUUUGCCCCAUUUUUUCUUACUAAGGAGAGAAUUUUGUAAAAAAAAAAAAGAAA